UCUGAGUGUGUAUUGUCACUUUCUCUGUUAUUCUUUUGUUGUACCUUGUUUAGAUUACUGAUAUCUGAACUAGCAAUUUUCAAUAUUUUGCCAAAAUAGUCUGACGAUAUCUUAUUAACAAAUGGAUUUAACAUUUCCACGGUGAUAGAUUUGUGAUUUCAUCUAAGCUUCAAUUAUUAUCGGUACCUAACAGCAAGAAAUCAUUUUCCAAAGAAUUUCAGAAAAUGAGUUGGCAACAAUUCUAUAUUCCUAUUCCUACAUUUGUUUCGUUAUUCGAUUCGGCUUCUGCGAAAUUUGAACAAGGUACUGAAUUGUUUUUGAUUUUCUUUGUCAUUGACAGUCAAGAAUGGUUGUGAGAGACAGAAAGGCCGAAUUUCUUAAUAAAGCAAGGAAACCUGAAGCUGUUUUUAAAACUAAAUCGCAAUCAAAAUUUGCAGAAGAAGAUGAAAAUGUGAAAUUUAUUUUAAAUUUUUUGAAAAAAGUUGAAGAUAUAAACAAUUCUUUUGAAUUUGUGACUAAGGGUAUAGGAGAUGUUAUCAAAAUCCAAAGUGCAAUUUUAGAAUUCAGUGAAACUGAUGAAACAUUGUUUAGCACUUAUCAAAGUAUAAAAAAGGAGCUUCUAUCAAUUUCAAGAAAAAUAUCUAAUUUGGCUAAUUCUUUUAAUCAAGAACAAUUUUCCGAUAUGCCUGCUGAAUUACGUAUCUGCAAUACUCAGACUAUUACCUUGAAAAAGAAGUUUUCUUCUACCAUCUCAUAUUAUUACAGUAUUCAAGAAGAAUAUAGAAAUACAUGCAAGGCUCAAGUAAAAAGGCAAGCUGAAAUUGCUGGUGCUGAUGUUUCAAGAUUAAAUUUAGAUGAAAUUAUUGGCUCUAAAACUGACAUAUUUCUUCAAACUGUAUUACCAGAUUAUGAUGUGACCCAUCAUUUCUUGCAUGAAGUAAAGAAAAGGCACGAAAAUUUUCUUAAAAUGGAACAGACCAUUGAGGAUCUCCGUGAUUUAUUUUUUGAUCUUGCACUGAUUGUGCAAGUAGAUGUAAGCAGAAUUUAA